AUGUUGCGGGCCGGGCAAGAGGAGAAACGGGAGGCAAAGCUUCCUCCUGUGAGUCAGGUGCGGGAUCUCCUGUCAAAGGAUCAACUCUUCGUCGGAGCGUCGGAAGUCGUCUUUGAGCGCGUUUACAUCCUGGAGGGCCAGGUGGUGGAUCAACCGGCAACAGCACUGGCGACCAUGCAGCAACGCCUGAUCGAUGCCGGCAUGGAGAACGUGGAGCUUUUUCUACAGCGAUGCAUUGAACCAGACAGGUGUGCAGUGCUGGUGAUGUUGAAAGAGGACAUGCCCAGCAGCGACUUUGCCUGGCCCGGAGACGUGGCGUUGUGGUAA